GGCAAAACCUUUCCGGUCCGGACGUGCUGGAAAUCUUUCGGACGGAUAAGUCUACCCUUUAUCUGAUACUUUGGCCGUUCCCCCCUCAGGGCAUGCGAUCAAGAUGAUUCAACUAAAGACGAUGCUGAAUUGCAUCGACAACUCCGGUGCUGCAGUUGUCGAGUGCGUGAAUGUUCUGAAGAAGAAGCGGCCGGCCACAGUCGGUGACCGAAUCGUCGUGGUGGUUCAGAAACAGCGGAACUUUGGCCCCGAAAGCUCGAACAACAGUGGUAUUGCAAACAAAGUCCGUCGCGGAGAUAUUCGUCAUGCCGUCGUUGUCCGGGCGAAGAAAGAAAUGCAGAGGCCAGAUGGAUCCAUUGUCAAGUUCGAUGAUAAUGCCUGCGUGUUGGUGAACAAGUCUGGAGACCCGAUCGGAACAAGAAUGAACGGAGUCGUGGCUACGGAACUACGAGGAAAGCAAUGGUCGAAAAUUUUGUCGUUGGCACCGAUGCAUGUAUAAUAUCCUUAUGAAAGCGAAGCGUCUAUUUACAU